GCCUGCGGCUCAAACUCAGACGGCGAAACGCUCCUGGAGGCAAUGUGGAUGUAGUAUUCAGUUUUGAAUUGUACACAUGCUCGUGUGAAUACUUCCUUAAAACGACGAGAAUGUAGAUAAGAUUCGUGGGUCUGUCUUUCUCUCUGUUCCUCCGAGCGGUUUACAUGCGGACUGUCAUUCAGAAAUACGACAGAUACAUUUCGAGCGCUCACAUGUUGACCGAGCUUGUGUGUAUAUAUUUUUAAUUUUUUUUCCGCGUUUAUUCUCACUUUAUUUUUUGUUUUUGCUUUUAGCUCCUUUGUGCACUUUGUCCAGGUCCGCUUCAUUUGCUGCCAAGCUGUCGCUUCACUGACAGACACGGCUACACGUUUUUCUUGCUUUGAAUGACGGAUUAAGUUAUCGAAAUCUUAAAGUCAUUGGAAAGAAAGUGCACUUUCUUUUUGUUUUGUUGCGGAAUAACGGCAUACUGAGGAUUUCUCGUUACUGCUGGGAAUUGAACAAUCAGAGCAUUUAUCUACAUUAGUUAAAGAAAAUGGAGCUUUUCUGGAUCUUUCUGUUGCUGGAGAUGAUCCUGAUGUCCACAGCUGUCAGAGGUCCCCCCAGGGUGUCAGAGAGGGUGAACCAUCGUCAGAGCGUCCGCCUGGGUCGCACUGUGAAGCUGCCCUGCCCUGUGGAGGGCGACCCCCCGCCCCUCAUCAUGUGGACCAAAGAUGGCCGCAACAUCCACAGUGGCUGGACACGGUUCAGGGUGUUACAGCACGCUCUCCGUAUUAAAGAAGUGGAGACGGAUGACGCAGGGACUUACAUCUGUAAGGCCACCAAUGGAUUUGGCAGCGUAAACAUCAACUACACACUUAUUGUCAUAGAUGACUCCAGUUCAAGAAAUGGAGCGGGAGCAGCCACCGGUGACUCUGAGCACACCCCAGAGCUGGCAGGGAAACUGGUUAGUCCACGUUUCACACAGCCAGCAAAGAUGAGGAAACGUGUCAUCGCUCGCCCAGUAGGCAGCUCUGUGCGCCUGAAGUGCACGGCAAGCGGUAACCCUCGCCCCGACAUCAUCUGGCUGAAGGACAACAGGCCGCUGAUGGACGAGGAAGGUGGAGCAGGAGGAGAAGGGAAGAAGAAGAGGUGGACUCUGAGUCUGAAGAACCUGACGCCGGAGCACAGCGGGAAGUACACCUGUCACGUCUCCAACAGAGCAGGAAAGAUCAACGCCACCUACAAAGUGGAAGUCAUACAGCGCACCAACUCUAAACCCAUCCUGACUGGUACCCACCCCGUCAACACCACGGUGGACUACGGAGGAACCACAUCUUUCCAAUGUAAAGUUCGCAGUGACGUCAAGCCAGUUAUCCAGUGGCUUAAAAGGGUUGAACCUGGAGACGAGAACAAAUUUAACUCCACCAUAGAGGUGGGAGACCAUCGCUUUGUGGUCCUGCCUACAGGGGAGGUUUGGUCGCGUCCUGAUGGAUCUUACCUCAACAAGCUGCUCAUAACCAGAGCCAAGGAGGAAGAUGCUGGCAUGUACAUCUGCCUGGGAGCCAAUACUAUGGGCUACAGCUUCAGGAGUGCAUACCUCACUGUGCUGCCAGAUCGGAAGCCUCAACCCAACGCUAUCCCCACAGCAACCUCCUCCAGCCUCCCCUGGCCCGUCAUUAUCGGAAUACCUGCGGGUGUCGCCUUCAUCUUAGGCACUGCCCUCCUCUGGUUCUGCCAGUCAAAACGCACCUGCUCCUCCUCUUCUUCUUCUUCUUCUUCCUCCUCUUCUUCUUCAUCCUCCUCCUCUGCUCUUCCCGCCGCUCAGCGUCUGCCUGUGGCCAAUCGCGAUCGAGCCUGUCCGACGGUCGCUCCUCAGCCAGCCAACGGGGAUAAAGAUUGUCUUUCUUACGAGGACUACAUCGCCCAUCAGCAGCUGCUCCUGUCUCAGGGAGGCACUGGAUUGGCUCCAAAGGUCUACCCAAAGAUCUACACGGACAUUCACACGCACACGCAUUCGCACGUGGACGGCAAAGUGCACCAGCACCAGCACAUUCACUACCAGUGUUAGCAGCGAGGCAGGCGGCUAGCUUUGGUGUUUCACAUUUCUACAUGGACAUGUUCCUGUGCAUAGAGACUCGUACCAGACAGAGCUGAUAUACAGAGCAAAGAACAAGGAAAGCACAUGCAAGAGACCAUGCAGAUUCACAUACAGAAGUUUGGGAUCGUGCAACUCUGCUGCAGACACAUGCGGUGUGGACUUACUCAAGACAUGGACGAUGAAGAAUGUAAAGAAAGAAAGACUUUAUUUUCAGCCAAUUUGGAUCACUUUAAACCUAUGAGAAAAAAAAUCCCCAAAUAUGUUUUAAUCUAGUCUUUAUUCUAUGAAAACUCUUAUUUGAAGCUACAAUAAACUGUGCAGGUAUGAGGUAACUUAAAAUAAUAUAUCUGUCUCUACUCUCUUAGUACUUUUUACACAACCACAACCUCCUGUGCAACAGUAGAAAUACACUUGGCUUACAAAUAUAGCUACUUAUGUAUAUAAAUGAUUAUAUGGCAUUUAGCAUGCUACUUCACCCUGGGUAAUCUAUAGAGAGAAAUAUAGCUUAUGUGUAAUGUAACAGCUAAAUAUCGGAGCGUAUCUCAGGCAUCAGCCCAACUGAGCCACAGAAAGAAAAAAAAAAAACACAAAUCAUGGCAAACUCCGCUGUAUCCACAACCUCAGCAAGGACAAGAGCCGCUGGUGUUUGCUUCUACCGGGCUGACAGCUGCUCUGAUGAAUGUCCAGCUGCUAUCUCGGUGCUUUGUGAAAAAGAGCAGAUGUCAAACUGAGCUACAGUUUGGAUCUCCUUCAGUGGAUUCAUUUUAGCCAAAGCUAUGGUGUGAUUUUUCAGAACAUAGAUUGCAGCAGCGAUCGCUCCAUCUGUUCCUUUUCUGGUUAGUACCGACAGGUCCCGUCAUUGAAAGCGCCUUUACUUUCUGGAAACUGGUGGCGUUUUCUGUUUUGCAUCACAUCCCUUUCCGCCUUUGUUUGAUGCUCACUGACUGGAGAAAAAAACAGCACCAUGAAGGAUAUCACUCUGUAGCCAACAGCACAAAGGGAUCAUCAGCAAUGCUUCGAUGUACAUCGGUGCCUUCAAGAAAUGAUUUCCAGAUUUCAUGGAUCAUUGUUGGAUCUUCAGACAGGUCGCAGAUUCGUGGUGAUCUGUUUCCAGACUUAGAGGGCUCAAAGGAGAAAGAAGUUUGUCUGAAAUUGUUCAGGAUGAGACUCUUAAGUCCUCAGCUCAACACAAUGUGACGUGAGGUGGAUUGGAAUAGGCUUUGCAUGUGCUCUUCUCUCCACACCUGGUUUUGUUACAAAGGAGAAGGCCUCAUCUGUUGUCUCUUGUUUCUAAGAAAGGUAUUAGGAUCCCCUGCAGAGCCCUGAGUCACCCUGUUGAGAUAAACGGAAGAUGUGAAAAAGUUUAAAUGUUGGGAUGCAUGAUGGGAUAAAACUGAAUCAAACGUCAGUAUUUGUCUGAAGUUUAGGGGCAGAAAUUUAUAUUGAUCAUUAUUACAGCACUCAACGACGAGCACGGUGCUGCACAAUGCCAAUAAGUUAGAAUCAUUUCUUGAUGCAUUCAAAAAUCUGAAUAUGCAUCAUGUAUGUUUUGCUUCACUUGUCUCACAAUACUUUUAUGAUCUUGUUGAGAGAGAAAUUUCAAAUACUGUCAUCUACAAAUCUGUCUUAAAUUUGCGUCUGCGUUUUAGGCCUCGGCCUGUUUGAUUCCAGUUUAGUCUAACGGUAAUGCUAAUCGAAAGCCCACACUCGCACAGUGCAGCUCCACAGGUGUUUCGCUCUUCCUGGCAGUUUGUUUGAAUAAUGUUUCGGUCACUUUCUUGUAAGUUUAAUGGUCAGAUAACUAGAGAGUUUGUCAUUCUCAUUAAUACGCUGAGCUUGAGAUUUAAUCGUCUAAUUUAACUGGAAACACCUGGAAACAGGGCCACCAGCUGCUGUUCUAACACAAUUAGAACAUUGUAUAAAUGAUGCCAGACAUUCCUGUUUAGCAAAUCAACUAAAGCUCAAGUUAGAAAUGCAACAUUUUCUAAGUAAUGAUUUGGAAUUGGGAAAAUGUUUUAUGCCCUUAUUUUUUAAAAUAGGUACUAAAAGCCAAAAUCUAAACAUUGUUUUUAAAUCUGCAAAAUGAGCAGUAGUUUCCUGGAUUUUCUCUUUCAACACAUACUGACUGUUCUUCUCGUUUUGUUUGUACAUUUCUUAGAAGGACUAUUUGUCGUUUAUCGCUCCGUGUAUCAGUGUAUUAAAAGCUCUCUGAGGUUCUGGUAGAUUUUGAGAUGUUUCCUGAUACCAUCCUGCAAUAAAAUCUUUCAGCCUUAAUAGAACCUCAAAGAAAACCAACUAGUAUCCACAGACUUUUGCUUUUUCUCAGGUGUCCGUCUUGUUUCUGUGAAUCUGACUGCUACAUGCAAACUUUGUAAAAUGAUAUGCGAAGAUAAGAUUUAGUUGACAGCUGUUUUGCGUUACACAUGGCUCGCUGAAAGGCCGCCAUGUGUAUGGUAGAAACAGCGGGGUGACUCUGCCCACAAAUGUUUAAACAUAAAAAAGAAAAUAAAAGGUUCAGAAAUGUAUUUCAGUGAAAUGUGAAAGAAACCAUACACUUGCCAUGGAUUUGACUAUUCGUAUUACGUUUCAGCCUGCGCCCCUUUCGUACGGCUCGCUGAACACAACUGUGAGAACUUUACGAGGGUGUGUUUAAACAACCAUGUGACAGGAAGUGAUAUAUUGGCAUCACCUGGUCACUUCGGUGCUUGUUCUUCAGCAUUUAUUUUUGCACAUAAAUCUUUCAACUCAAGAAGGACAAUGUACACAUACAGUAUAUUUUUAUAGCAAAUUCCUAUACUCCUGUUUUUAUUUUCAUGUUAUUCUCUGGCAUGUUAUCUGCUUCCACAGAUGGACUAGUAGGUCUGCAGGUCGGAGCUUUAAAGGUGGAGCCAGCAAUUCUAAUCCAAAGCAGUUUCCAUCAAAUGCAGUGAACAUCUCCUCGUGGUCUGGUUGUUAUGUGUGUGCACAUACUAUAUAUGUAUCAGUAAUUGUUCUCCAGAAUCACAUACUCCACCUUUAAAUUCAUGCAAAUGAAAUAUUACUCGUUACUUCUUUAUUAAGUUAUAAGUCCCCUAAAGUUUAAUACCUGUGAAGUUCUUUCUGUGAUUUUAAUCAGUGUGCGGCUGUCCAAAAAUCGAUUCAGACACUUACUGAAGGCGUCAAAGUCCAAAUUAACAGUGUACAAUGCACACAUUUUAAUCAUAUUGUCUCCUUUGUUCAUCCUUCCAUCAGGUUUCCCCUCUUACGUCCUGCAUAAACCUACUAAAUUCAGUCAUGGACAGAGAAGAAAGUGUGCUUUUUCUGCUCUGUAAAUUGUUGCGUUUAAUUAAAUGCCUCUCCAGUAGCAGCUUUAACUGCAAAAACAUAUUUUAAAUAGCAUUUCUCUUCCUCUCCCUGUCUUUUUUCCUUUAAAACAUCUUGCUGGCAAAGUCGACAUUGCCAAACAGUAACAUUUCAUCCAAUCACUGGUACUUCAAUGAUCAGUUUUCACUCUUUCAUGUGUCAAAGUUUUAUGUGUAAAAGCUAAUGGACUGCCAAUAGACAGACUGUAUAUGUGCACUUACCACUAGUAUCUAAAUGGAGUGGCAUUAGUGUUGAAAUCAUAGGAGCUGUUAGAGGAUUUAGAGUGAGAGUGCUUUGGACCAUGCAAAAGUUGAGCAACACGUCGGCCCACGAAACAUUGUAAAUGCUAAAUUGAAGAGAGAUUGAAAAAGAAAGUAUGCCUCUAAUUUAUUUUCUUUUUGACAUGUAUAUUUUUUCAUAUAAUUGGGCAUUAUACUGCAUGAAUGAAUUUUGUGUUAUAGUCAUAAUGUAAGCUGUGUAGCAAAUACUGCUUUCAUGUCAUUGUAAGAUACUGUAUUUAUACGUGCUGACAAAAUAUACGAAAUUUUAUCGAUAAUCUUCGUAUCGACAAUCUUGUACAGUCUAUCGUCAUUUAGGUUUCAAAUUGUGUCCUCCCAUUGUAAUCAUGUUAUUGGUGCCAUAAAAAAAGUCAAAUCUUAA